UAAGAAACCUUCCUAGCUAUUUGGUCUUAUAAAAUACACUCCCAUAUCUCACCCUUAGUCUAGCACAAACUCCUAUCUCCUCCCUCAAUUCUCUCCACAAAUUCUUGUCAUGUUGGGCAAGAGAUCCCAGCUACUAAUCCGAAAAGUUUCAGAAUUAUUAGUUUUCGGUGACGGCGGUGCCGCCGCGCUUCUGGACACCAUGGAAAGCCCAAGAAGCCCGUUUGAGCUGAACUCACCUAGAGGUAUGAAAAAAAGCUACGAUUCUGGCGGUGUUGGACUGGGAAUUGUGGCGGCUCUUGACAAAUCCCAGCAGCACCAUGAGGUUCUUCUGCCCAAACCUGCUGUUUGUUCUGGACCAAUCCCAGUUCAAACCGUGAAACGUGAUAAUCAGUUUCCAAAGAUUGUUGUUGGAAGCCCAGAGGAUUACACCUAUGUGACUUACCAUGAACCCAACAAAACCGCCACAAAGGUGGUUUACUAUGAUGGUGGUGAAGGUAGAAUUUUCAGACAUGGUUAUGAAUAUGAUAUUAAAAACAAGAACAAGGUUGGUGUUUUCAGAAAAACCCCACCAACGCAAACUUCAGUGAAAGCUGAAUCAUUAUUUCCCACCUCGGAUUUUCUAAGUUCAUGUCAUCUAUGCAGAAAGAAACUACAUGGAAAAGACAUAUACAUGUACAGAGGAGAGAAAGCAUUUUGCAGUACAGAGUGUCGUUCAAGUCAGAUAACGAUGGACGAGCGCAAAGAGCGGUGUAGAUCAAAAGCUUCAAGGUCUGUGGAGUUGUCAAGCUCUCAAAAUUCAAGGGAUCAAAUGUUUUCAACUGGGAUUGUGGCCCUUUAGCAUUUGGUAUCUAUAUCUAUCAGUGGAAGAUUCAUAAUUUGAUGUAUAUGUGCCAAAUCUUGGUUGUAGUAGCCAAAAGGAAAAUUUUGAUACAAAAAAUAGAGAUUUUGGUGUAGUGAAGACUAAAAUGGCUUCAUUUUUUGAUCCUUGUUGUUAUAGAGAAUUACGAACUUGAGAUCUCAAUUGCACAGAUUUUGUUUGUUUUGUUCCUGAGUUCUGUUUAAAACAAGAACUAGUUAAAAUGUUCAAUCAAUUAGAGAUUGUUCCUGAAUUCAGUUUUUCUGUU